AUGUUCGCGUCCGUGGGGCCCAGAGGCGGUCCUCGCCCAGCUCUCGCCCAGGCCGUCCCAGAGCCAGACCUGAGCCACCUGACCGAGGAGGAGCGCAAGAUUAUCCUGGCGGUUCUGGCCCGGCAGCGGGAGGAGGAGGCGAAGGAGGAGGCGAUGCUAAAGGAGGAGAAGCCGAUCCAGGCUCGGACCGUCAACCUGGUGGGACAGAAGAAACCUCCACAGCAAAACGACGUCAGAGGGAUCCAGCAGCAGUUGUCGAGUUAUCGGGAGAGUGUGAUCCGCCAGGCCUCGGCUGCCGCCUCGGGUCACCGUGACGACGCUCCCACCUGCGGAAUCUGCCACAAGACCAAGUUUGCCAAUGGCUGCGGAAACCUCUGCUCCUACUGCCACACCAAGUUCUGUGCCCGCUGUGGAGGGAGGGUCUCUCUGCGCUCCAACACGGAGGACAAAGUGGUGAUCUGGGUGUGUAAUAACUGCCGUAAACAGCAGGAGCUCCUGACUCGACCAGGAGACUGGUUCAGCUCAGACUCUGCUGCUCUGGGGUCGGCCGUCAGUGAACCCUCCGUGUGUCAAAGGUCACGCUCCCAAGCUCCCGCCCCCUCCAUCCACGCAGCACCAGGCUCCGCCCCCGCCUCCCUUGACCCCAACAGAGCAGCUCCACCAGGGGGCGUCGCAGGAGACCCACGGUCACGAAGCGAGCCACCACGAGACGUGAGGAAUGGUCGCGGGGGCGGAGCCGGCGGCCGCACUCAGCCCCGCCUCCAGACUCAGGUGUCGAUGGACAGAGACCUGCGCGGAGAGAGAGAGCGCAGAGAGAGCAGACGACUCACCAAAGGACGCUCACUGGAGCACGACCCUGUGGGAGGGGGCGGGGUCAAACGGACCGCGGACCAAUCGGGGCCUGUGCCCUCCGGGGGGCGUGGCCAGGCCAUACAGGGGCAGGGGCCGGAGGGGUUAGGCCCGGGACAGGGCCCCGCGGCUGGGCUACAGUCUCAGACAAACCCACCUGAGCUCAGAGAACCUCCGCACGGCCUGGCCGUCAGACGGACCAAACGCGAAAAGGCCGAAAGUAUGCUACGCAAUGAUUCGCUCAGCUCUGACCAAUCAGAAUCACUCAGGCCGCCGCCCCCACGCCCAUAUAAGUCAAAACGCGGGGCGGGCGGGAAAAGGCAAACGAGUAUGAGCAGCUCUGAAGAAGAGGGCGGAACCACGCCAGAGUACAGCAGCUGUGAAGACGCAGAGAUCGAGAGUGUCAGUGAGAGAGGUGACUGGGAGUGCUACCCUCAUGACCCAACGGUAUGGCACCAUCCUGUGAACUGGCAGCCGUCCAAAGAAGGAGACCAUCUGAUUGGACGCAUCACCCUGAGCAAGAGGAGCGCCACCAUGCCCAAGGAGGCCGGGGCUCUGCUGGGGCUCAAGGUGGUGGGAGGCAGAGUGACAGAGUCGGGGAGGUUAGGAGCUUUUAUCACCAAAGUGAAGAAGGGAAGUCUGGCUGACGUGGUGGGACAUCUACGAGCAGGAGAUGAGGUUCUGCAGUGGAACGGGAAGCUGCUUCCUGGAGCCACUAUGAAGGAGGUCUAUAACAUCAUCCUGGAGUCUCAGUCUGAGCCUCAGGUCGAGCUGCUCGUGUCUCGACCAAUCGGGGUUUAUAGAAAUUAUCAUGAUAUCCCAAGAAUCCCCGACACGUCCCACCCUCCAUUAGAAUCUACAGGUUCCAGUUCUUUUGAGUCCCCAAAGGAGAGACCGACCCUAAAUGUCCUGUCCCCCUCCAGUCCCGGGACGCUGCAAGACGCUCCACAGCUCAUGCCUGGAGAGCUGUCGGUGAAGCUGUGGUACGAUAAAGCCGGGCACCAGCUGAUCGUGAACGUGCUCCAGGCCAGAGAGCUCCCUGUGAGGCCAGACGGACGCCCACGUAGCCCGUACGUCAAGAUGUACUUCCUCCCUGACAGAAGUGACAAGAGCAAGCGUCGGACCAAAGCAGUGAAGAAGACGGUGGAGCCCAAAUGGAACCAGACCUUUGUGUAUUCUCACGUUCAUCGACGAGACUUCAGAAACCACAUGUUAGAGCUGACCCUAUGGGACCAGCCCAGGUCUCCAAACGAGGACAGUGUCUUCAUGGGAGAGAUCUUGAUAGAGUUGGAGACGGCGUUGCUGGAUGAUAAACCUCACUGGUAUCCUCUUCAGACCCAUGAUGUCUCCUCCAUCCCUCUGCCCCGCCCCUCCCCCUUCCUCUCCAGACGCCACAUCCACCCUGACGGCCCGGCUAAGAAGCUACAGCGAUCUCAGCGUCUGUCUGAACCCGAGUUUGACGAUGGCGCCCCUCUAGUGUCCAAAGCAGCAGAGUCCAGAGGCAGAGAGAGGCAAAGGGAGACUAGCUCUACUCUGGAAGUCCCCGAUCCUCAAAGAACUCCCUCACACCACAUCCGCUCCAGAUCUGUGUCUCCUCAUCGAGAAGAGCAGGGAAGAACCAGGUCCAGACCGCCCAACGUACCUGCCCAGAGGAGUUUGGAUGAUGAGCUUCCUCACAGCCGGAGAUCCCGCUCCCCCAACCGACACUACGACCCCCGAGGGAGACAGGAGUACGUCGACGACAGUGAGGUCAUCAUGCUCCACCAAUCACAGCGAGGCAAAAGUGCAGAGUGCCUCCACACCAGUGACCUACAGCCCGCUCUGGACAGGGUUAGGAGCGCUAGCGCCACCUGUCUCACUCCAGAGUCAUUCUCACUUUCUCCUCAGGCAGACAGACAGUCUUUGUCCCACACGUUGCCGCGGAGACGCCCGGCCAGCCCCAGGAUCCUAAUCCAACACGCUUCCCCCGAAGAUGACAGACUUCAGACAGUGGAGGGUCCAGCUCCGGGCAGGACUGUCCCAGGAGCCAGGGGCCACCUGCAAGGCGGCGUUCCUGCGUCCUCUGCACCGCGAAAAGUCAGACAGCUUCCUCAACUUCCUCCCAAAAGCAACUCCGUCGAACAAGCGCUGGUAGCAGAGGAACGCGUCCGACAGCUGCAGAGAAGAGUUCACUCGAACAGAAUGUCCACAGCCUCAGCCUCAAGUCAACAAGAGCUGGACCGAACGCUCAAACACAAGAGAGAGAUGUACAAGGACCAGCGGCGCAGCAGUGAGAACGUGUCCCACAAAUCCUCAGACAGUGAUGUCAGCGAUGUGUCGGCCAUUUCACGAACCAGCAGCGCCCUGAGCAGCACCAGCUACAUCUCCAUCCAAUCAGAGCGGCCAGGACGCUUCAGGCGUGCGAUGCGGGCCACAGGCCGCCACAUAAUGAAGAGCAGUAGUAUGAGCAGUGAAAUCUACGGCUUGGACCACCCGGACGGCAGCCAAUCAGACACAGCGCUGGGCACGUGCGGCAGCGGCAUCAAGAAACGCCGCUCCAGCCUCAGCCAAAGAGUGGUCGCCAUCCUCCCCUCGAGAAGGAGCCGGAGCACCUCCCAACUCAGCCAGACCGAAGCGGCGGGUAAGGCGGCAGACAGACAGAAAGAGGCUCCGGCGGGUAAGAAGGUGAGCAAAGCAGCUUCCAGCUCCAUCCAGCGCAGCGUGGAGACUGGGAUGGCUGUGGAGUUUCCUCGAGGAAGCACCACCAUGAACAGACAAGCCAGCAGGGAAUCGACGGACGGAAGCCUCUACAGCUCUGAGGGGAAUCUGAUCUUCUCAGGGAUGCGUCUGGGCACAGACAGUCAGUUCAGUGACUUCCUGGACGGGUUGGGGCCAGGGCAGCUGGUUGGACGACAGACGCUGGCCACGCCUGCCAUGGGAGAUGUCCAGAUUGGGCUCCAGGACAAGAAGGGUCAGCUGGAAGUGGAGGUGAUCCGAGCCAGAGGCCUUAUCUCCAAACCCGGAGCCAAAUCUCUUCCAGCUCCCUAUGUAAAGGUGUACCUGCUGGAGAAGGGGAACUGUAAAGCCAAAAAGAAAACCAAGAUCGCUCGAAAAACUCUGGAGCCUCUGUAUCAGCAGCACCUGCUGUUUGAGGAGGGCCCCCAGGGAAAGGUGCUACAGGUGAUCGUGUGGGGGGACUACGGCCGCCUGGACCACAAAUGCUUCAUGGGUGUAGCACAGAUUUUAUUGGAGGACUUGAAUCUUUCCAGCACCGUGAUUGGCUGGUACAAACUCUUCCCUCCGUCCUCGUUGGUGGACCCCACAUUAGCGCCUCUCACGCGACUAGCAUCUCAGACUUCUUUGGACUCAGGACCACCCCCUGGUGUUCGAUCCUAG